CUUCGGAACUCCUCGUAUGUUUUGAGGAACACGUGCUCCGUAAAUAAUAAUGGCGGAAAACGAACACAAAAAGAAGAAGAGGAAGAGUGAAGCAGUGGAUGUUGCAGAAGUUCAGCAUUCAGAGAAUUUUCUUCUGAAGCCCUCAACUGUUGUGGAACAAUUGGACACAUCGCAAUGGCCACUGCUACUCAAGAAUUUUGACAAAUUGAAUGUGAGAACUGCUCACUACACCCCCAUUCCAGCAGGUUGUUCACCACUGAAAAGACCAAUACAGGAAUACAUCAAAAGUGGGUUUAUCAAUCUUGACAAACCCGCCAAUCCCUCUUCACACGAGGUUGUAUCCUGGGUGAAGAGGAUCUUACGUGUACAGAAGACUGGACACAGUGGGACCCUCGACCCCAAGGUCACGGGGUGCCUCAUUGUCUGUGUCGAGAGGGCCACACGACUGGUGAAGUCACAACAAGGGGCAGGGAAGGAGUAUGUGUGUAUCUUCAAGCUUCACAGCGUGGUGGACGAUGAGAAACUUGUAUCACAGAAACUGGAGAUGAUGACAGGGGCAUUGUUCCAAAGACCGCCAUUAAUUUCCGCCGUGAAGAGACAGCUGAGAAUUCGUACAGUGUAUGAAUGCAAGAUGCUGGAGUACAACAAGGAUGAUGCAAUGGGUAUUUUCUGGGUGAGCUGCGAAGCCGGCACAUACAUUAGGACCAUGUGUGUUCAUCUGGGUCUGUUUCUGGGGGUCGGGGGUCAAAUGCAGGAGCUCAGACGAGUUAGAUCUGGUAUCAUGUCAGAAAAGGCAAACUUGUACACCAUGCAUGACGUGUUAGAUGCCCAGUGGAUGUAUGACCACCACAAAGAUGAAUCUUACCUAAGGCGAGUGAUCAACCCUCUGGAGGCAUUGUUAACAUCUCAUAAAAGAAUCAUCAUGAAAGACACAGCUGUGAAUGCGGUUUGUUACGGAGCUAAGAUUAUGUUACCUGGUGUCCUUAGAUAUGAAGAUGGAAUUGAAGUCAAUGAAGAAAUUGUGAUCUUAACCACAAAAGGAGAAGCAGUUGCUCUCGCCAUAGCCCAGAUGACUACAGCAGUGAUGGCCACAUGUGAUCACGGAGUUGUGGCAAAGAUCAAAAGAGUGGUGAUGGAGAGAGACACUUACCCAAGGAAGUGGGGGCUGGGCCCGGUCGCUUCUCAGAAAAAGAAAAUGAUUCAAGCAGGAACGCUAGAUAAAUAUGGAAAACCCAAUGAGAAGACCCCAGCCAACUGGAAAAAGGGUUAUGAAGAUUUCAAUGUAAAGAAAGAGAUGAAGCAAGAACCUUCAGAAGAAACAGUUGUCAACUCACACAAGAGGAAGAAAGAAGCCAGUACCUCCGAGGAGAGUGAGCCCCCGUCACCUCCCCCUGCCCCGGCGGAAGAUGUGGAGAAGGAGAAAAAGAAGAAGAAAAAGAAGAAGAAAGACAAAAAUCAGGAAGCUGAUGAGGCAGGGGAUGCCCCAGAGGAAUCGCCAGAAAAGAAGAAGAAAAAGAAAAAACACAAAAAAAUAAAGACAGAGCCUGCAGAAAGUGACUGAUAAACAAUGUGUCUGUGUGUCUGUCUGUGUGUGAGGAGAAAUCAUCGGUGAGAGAGACAGAGUGUGAGAGUUUCAUGUGGCAUUUCUCAGUUUUAUCAACAAACUACAGUCAAAUGCUGUUAAGCCUGAUACAUUUACAUGUAGGUGGAAUACGGUGACCUGAUUUGACCAGGUUAUGGAUACUUGAUGUGUUCAUAUUUUGUAUAUUUCUCUUUUAUAUAUAUGUUAAGAAUGAAAUGUGCUGUUAGUCUGUUAAUAAAAUUGUUUUCAUCCA